GCGGACUCCAACCCAACAACCGAACCAGACCCAGACCGGUUCGUCGCCCCUCUCCUCCCCCGCCCGCGAACCCUACCCGCCGCCGCCGGCGGACCUGACCAAGGAGGACGGCCUCCAGCUCGCCCGCGAGCCAUGCCGCACGCGCGCGCCGAUCCGGGAUCGGACGUUGAGCCAGCAGCAGAGUCGCCAACCUUCCGCAGCGCCAGCCCUUUCCCCAGAAGGAAGCGUGCGAAGCUGUUGACGGAGGAGCUGCCGCACGGGGAGCCCCUCGGUUGCUCCGUGUCGACCUGCGAUGAUCCGCGGGAGAACUUGAUUGCUGGGUGUUCGGAGGAGCGGCAGAUUGCUUCCUGCAGUGGCGAUCAACCGCAAAGCUCAGCCCCGUUCGUCGCAAUGCAGGAGAAUGUUUCUUCCGUCGAUAAUGGUGGUGGGAUCUAUCCGCAGACUGAGGUGGAGUAUUCUAAUGGUCAAAAUGGGUACAUUGCGUAUCCGCAGCAUCAGCCCGUGGAAGGAUGUAUGUAUAUGAAUGAGCAUGGGCACAUGUGCGGGCCUUACGCGCCCAAGCAGCUCUACGAGGGGCUAUCCACUGGUUUCCUGCCUCAAGACCUUGCUAUUUAUGCUCUUGUCGGCGGGAAGAUGGUAAAUCCUGUGCCCUUGAGUCUUCUGGAGCAGUUCCUUUCGCAAUGGAAUUCUGCUGCUGCGGUCUCCACGCCGAAUGAAUCAAAUGAGAAUAAGACAGUCGCUCGUGCUGAUAAAAUGGCGCUUCGGGAUGUUAUUUCAAGUGAUGAACCAUGCUGGAUGUUCGAGGAUGCAGACGGUUCCCGGCAUGGGCCUCAUUCUCUUGCUGAACUUUCUUAUUGGCAUCAUAGUAGCUAUCUCCAGGAUCUUUCAAUGGUUUAUCAUGUUGACAGCAAAUUUGGUCCAUUUACACUUGUCUCACUAGUUGAUUGGUGGAGUGGUGGUCACACGGAGCAUCCAGAAGCUACAGAGAAUGGUUCGGGGUCAUUUAGUGCUGUAAUGGGUGACAUAGUCGAUGAUAUUGGCAAUCAGCUCCAUGCCGGUAUAAUGAAAUCAGCCCGUAAGGCUCUAAUUGAUGAAAUAUUCAGCUCUGUGCUUCCAGAAAUUAUUGCUUGUAGGAAAACUGAGAGGCAACUAGCUGCAAAAUUGAAGACCAAAGCUGUUAAGCCUGCCAAUGUGAGCAGCAAGAAGGCUUCAGCGCUGAAGGGCAAGGUUGAUACACGAUCUACUAUUCACAGAAAAGAAAACUCGUACAAUACAAUACAAGCAACUUCUUCCGUGGCUAUUCAAUCAGUUGCAGUGCAUGCCAAAUUUGCUGAUAUAUUAUCAGCAGUCUGGCAAACUAUUUAUUAUGAAUCCAUGAAGAAUUUCUGGGAUGGGAUACUUUAUGAUCCUGUUAUGGACUACUGUGGUGAAUGGCUUAAGAGAAAUCGCCUAUCGAGUCUUCCCUGUACAAUUGUUCCUGGUGCCUCAUCAGAUAACAGAAACAUGAAAGAAGCUGAUGAACCGAAGGCAAUAUGUGAUUCAGAGGCUCUUGAGUGUGACAUGGAUUUCCCACCUGGAUUUGGGCCAAGUUUGGAGUGUGCUGAGAGCUCCCUCUCUCGACCUUUCUUAAACAUUGACUCCUGCGAGGACAAAAUUAGUCGGAAGCCUGCAUGUUCCACUAUAUAUUUUGACCCCUCAUCGGGAGUCCAGUUAAUGCUGGCGAAUGAGCUAUACGUGUCAGCAAAGGAUACUUUGUUUCAUCAUUUCAGGGAGGUUAUUGCAGAAGAGAUUACAAACUGGUUAUGUUUUGGGCUUGAAGAUAUCACCGAUCAAGAACUAAUUCGUACCCCUGUUCAUGCACCGGAUUCUCCUAGUUCUACUGGAAUGGACAUUCAUGAAACACCAAUUCCUCCUGAAAUGGCUCUAGAUAAAUUGUUGGAUGCUGCUAAAAUGGCUACAGAUGCAAUAAGCAGUCCGUCUGUAAUGGCUCUAGAUGAAGUAUUGGUUACCGCUGAAAUGGUUACAGAUGCUGUACCCAGUCCUGCAGACAUUACCACGGAUGAGACGUCAUGUGUUGCUGAGGCGGAACCAGAUAAAAUGCUCACUUCUCAUGUGGAACAUCAAUCCCCUUCAGCAUCUUAUGCUAGUAUAUUUGAAAAGCUUGAUGUAUCAGAGAUAGCUGAAUUGGAUGAAAGUUUUGAUGAGGUGCCUCCUGGAAUGGAGAUGGGAUUACCUUCUGUGGUGGUUAUGGACAAAAACAAAUAUCGACCUCCAAAAUCAGUGAACUCUGUGCCUGUAAUUUCUAGAUAUAUUACCUUGGCGGUCUGCCGGCAAGCACUGCAUGAGAAUGUCGUGAAAGAGUGGGCAUCUCUCUUAUCAGAUGCUAUUAGCAGGUGCUUUGAUUCAUGGUAUACCAAGCGGAAUGUUGUGUCUAAAAACAUUGAUGAAUCAUUGAGACCGAAGGAAUAUGCAUACUACAGAAAGAGAAAGUUAAGGAGCAGCUGUGAAGCAGUGCCAUCCAAAAAACCAUUGGAAAAACCAAUGGAUGAGCAGCUUUCCAAGCCUCUAUCUGAGCUUGUUGACCGCAGGGUUCAUCUUAAAAAUGUCCAGGUAACAAAGAAGGCUGGGAAGUCGAAAAAGUUCUCCAAGAGUCCUGCCAAAACUCUUGAUAACGACGUGCACACGUCGAAUAUCAAACAAGACUUUAAGCGGCUUUCCAGUGACGUACACACUUUGAAGGGUGGGAAGUCGAAAAAGCUCUCGAAGAGGGUUCUUGAUAAUGACGUACACACUUUGAAUAUCGAGCAAGACUUGAAGCGGCUUGCCAGUGACGUACACACUUUGAAGGCUGGGAAGUCGAAAAAGCUCUCGAAGAGUCACGCCAAAGCUCUUGAUAAUGACAUACACACUUUGAAUAUCAAACAGGACUUGAAGCGGCUUUCCAGUGACGUACACACUUUGAAGGCUGGGAAGUCAAAAAAGCUCCCCAAGAGUCAUGCCAAAACUCUUGAUAAUGAUGUACACACUUUGAAUGUCGAACAAGACUUGAAGCGGCUUUCCAGUGACGUGCAUACUUUGAGUAUCGAACAAGACUUGAAGCGGUUUUCCAGUGAUGUGCACACUUCAAAUAUCGAACAAGACUUGAAGCGGCUUUCCAAUGAUGUGCCAAAGAGACAAAGGACUUCUCAUCUUACUAGGAGUCAUCUGGUUGAUAGUAAGGUUCCUAUUGAGAAUGAGAACGAAAGUAUGCCCACCAAGCUUGCAAAGAAAAGGAAGCCCAAGAACAUGUCUACUGACACCAGUCAAAAGGCGAAGCCGUUGAUUUUAUGUCCAGUGUCAGAUGGCUGUGCAAGAGCUUCCACCAGUGGAUGGGAGUGGCGUAAUUGGGCACGAAACGCCACUCCAUCAGAAAGGACUCGUGUGAGAGGGUAUCGUGUUCGGAGUAUUCUUUCAACUUCAGCUAAUAACGUGUGGAAAAGUCCACAAGUCAAAGGUACAUCUGCGCGAACAAAUCGGGUUAAGUUACGGAACCUGUUAGCUGCUUCUGAAGGGGCUGAGCUGCUUAAAAUUACCCAAUCGAAGGCAAGGAAGAAGCGGUUACGUUUUCAAAGGAGCAAGAUCCAUGAAUGGGGUCUGGUGGCCCUUGAGUCGAUUGAUGCAGAAGAUUUUGUUAUUGAAUAUGUUGGUGAACUGAUUCGUCGGCCGGUCUCGGACAUACGUGAGGCUCAAUAUGAGAAGAGUGGAAUUGGAAGCAGCUACCUUUUUCGCUUGGACGAUGAUUAUGUGGUUGAUGCUACUAAGCGUGGGGGUUUAGCAAGAUUUAUCAAUCACUCAUGUGAGCCGAAUUGUUAUACAAAAGUUAUUACUGUGGAGGGACAGAAGAAGAUUUUCAUUUAUGCAAAGAGGCGUAUAUAUGCUGGUGAAGAAUUAACUUACAAUUACAAAUUUCCCUUGGAGGAAAAGAAGAUACCAUGCCACUGUGGUUCCCAAAGGUGCCGUGGAUCAAUGAACUAAGAAGUCAAGGCGAUAAGCAGGGUUAUUUCUCUUUGAGGAGCUAACUAUAAUGCAAUUUGGUAUACAAGUGUACAAGUUGAGAUGCAAGGCAUCACUGCAUUUACACUGAAGUUUGACAACACAACCACCACUCCCAGAAUUACGACAGGUUUUCAUACCAAAGCAAGGGAUCGUGGAACAAGCUGUUUUGGGAGAUUACAGUUUCUUACCUUCUGACGAGGAACAAACCACACAAUUAAUUUAAGCUAGAUGAACUAAUUCAGACUAUCCAGAGUAAGGGUACAAUCGCUGGCUAUUGGUUGCCUCUGCCUUGUGGAAGACUGCAAAGGGAGCUUUCUUCCUCAGUUCCUCUGGUAUCAAAGUGAACAGGAGGACAAGUCAGAUCACCAUGGAUGGAGCUAGUGAGUGGUUACUUGUUGACAAGGAACGUAUAUCUCUGGGAUUUGUAUGUAGAGGCGUCAUGCAUGUAUGCCUCGAUCCACAAAUAUUCCGAACCAGUGUAGCCACAGGAUUGCUUGAUUACUCGCAGGACAGAGGCAUGAGUAUGCGUCUGCCCUCACCAGUGUAAGUGUGUCCUUCACCUGUUUACUUCUCUAGCCCCUAACCGGUGAUGCAGGUGUGCAUGCUAAUCUCACUGCAAAAGCGAACAAAAACAGGAGACCAGUCAGUCAAAAGCACUUAUGAAGGGCCCCGCUGAUCAUCACAUAUUUACAUGUUUGGUACAUAUCCAAAAUAAUAUGGUAGUGCGAGCUUAUACGUUAAAACUGGACGAGAGUUAACCAGCCGGUCGUGCCGAAAGACCACCAUAGCCAAAAUUCCUGCCAAGGUUGCCAAGCCUACGCACAGCAAGUGGCAAUGGUUACGGGCAAUGCCAAAAAAAAUUGGGUCUUUUGCAAAUCAAACACGGGCCAAACUUUAAGCAUUGCUACCAACAGAAAAUAGGACAGUAGUUUGGGCCACCUUUACUACAAGUAUGAGCAAAACGCAAGAGCCACCAACUGAAGUAGAAAAGUCUGAUUGCCAAAUAAAGCUGAGAGGUUUGACUGAGCACACGUGAGCACCAACCUUCUGCAUCUCACUGUUGUUAUGUGACCUUUGAUUCUCUGUACUGUUAGCUCGGACCACCUAUUCUAUCUUUACUUGGCUCAUUCUUUUUUAGAAAAGAAAAGAUUGAAUUUUCAGGGUGUGGUAUGGACUUUCGGAGCAAAAAUUAACUAUCGAGGGGAAUUUCGGCUGUGAUAAACUUUAACCAUGCCCCUCUGGAAGUAUAUGCAGCAUCUAGAAGCAUUUACAAUUGUUUCAUUGCUUAGGAACGUAGAUCUACCUUGUGUGCCCAUUUCAUGAAUGCAAGAUAUAUUGCAAGGAAAGAAAAAUAAUAAUGGCCCCAAAAGAGCUCGGAGCAUGUCUCUAGAAAUAAAUGUGCAGUAGACAUGUCCAAAAUCAGAAGAUGUUUUGGCUCUUUUGGAUUGUAGGAAUUUCGUUGCACUUUUAAGGAUUUUAAUCCUUAGUUUUUUUUCCUAUUGAUUGUCUUUCAACAAAAGAAAUGGUGCUACCCAAAUUCGUAUGGAUUGGAAUAAUAUACCUCAAUCCUAUAGGAAUUUCAACACCCACCCCAACUUCCUUUCAAGACAACACGUAGGAUUGAAGUACUUUCCGUGUGUUUUCCCAAAAGUACUUUCCGUGUGUUUUCCCAAAAGACUAAUCUUUUUUGCUGGUUUGCAGUCUUUUGUUUUACACUCCAAUAUGACUACACCCAUCAUGCCAAAAGUGAGCGUUCUUGUGUAGAGACCAUUGUUUCCAAAUAUUUAUAUCAAGUAAUUCUAGCUUAGGCCGUAUUCUGAACACUAAGUUCUUCUAAAGAACAAAUUGUUUUAAAAAGGGUUGACAUGCCACGAUUUUUGAAAAAGGACUGUCAUACUACAGUUUUUUUUGUCAACCUAACCUUAGUCGUACCACAUUUCUGUAGGUGUCUGUUAAUUUGGUUUUGUACUACGACUAUACACUUUGUGGCUUCAUUGUACAUGUUCUAAAUGAGAGAUUACCAGUAUAUUUUUUUUAACUUGGGUCGUUAUUACCAGUAUUGUUUGUCACCCGCUUUGUGCUCGGUCGGAAGAGCGUAGGUGGUAGUACAGGGAUGGCAAAUCCCCGUGCUCUCCUUUGGUCGGUUCGAAUCCGGCAGGUCGGCAAGUUUAGCUAGAAGUAACUCGUAUGUUUGCUAUGUGAUUUUUAUCUAGGUUAAUACUCGCUCCGUCCCAAAAUAAUCGACUCAGAUUUAUCUAGAUUCGUGUUUCUGUGUGAUACAUUGAAUCAAGACAAAUCCAAGUCACUUAUUCUGGACGGAGGAAGUACUAUUCUUAUUUACCCGCAAAAUGUAAAGUUCCAUUUUAUUUAGCUGAUUAGUUUAUAUCUUUUUUUUUGUUCUAGUACUACCCGUCCUAAAUUAAUGUACUUGUAUUUUAGUGUGUAGAUACAUUCAUAUCUAGAUAAAAUUGAGACACUUAAUUUGGAGCGGAGAGAAUAUCUUUUAACCCAAAUGUACGAUACGUCAAGGCAGGAAUUUUGCAUAGCAUGGAAUGUAAAACUUCACGGAAUCUCUCUCCUGUAAAAUACAGGUUGCAAAGUGAUGUACUAUGGGUAUUUUUUUUGCUUGAAUGUAUGUAACUGCCUGUAAUGUGAAAGGCAAAUAUCCUGUACAAUUCCAUAAAAGAAAAGUGCGUAUGUUUGGAUCAAUUCUUUGUGAUGCAAGGUCACUUCAUAAAACCACAUAACACGGCGGAGGCUUGUCUUCAUCCACCCGAGAACGAAACACAGCUUCAUUCAUGUUCAUUUCUUCACUCCGUGUUGGCGGAUGGUCGUCUCGACUUCCUCGGCGUCAGGCAUAAAGGAGUCGGGUGGAACCGUGGAAGUCACUUCCUCGUCCGUUAAUGUUGUUACUGUGUAUAUUUGAUCACCUCCUGUGGUGGAGUACCUUCCAACCAGCGAGAUGAAGAACUUCAGCCUAGGUUUGCUUCGUUUCUAACUUCAACUCUCACACCCAUAAACUGGAGUACACCCUGGUGAUGCAUAAUACACGCAUUACCCAGGUUGUACCAACACAGCUAGAAGUGGACUGCCAAACAUAACAUAAAUUAAUGAAAACUACAACUCCAAGAUAACUACUACCUCGGGAUGGAUUUAAUUGAUGCAUAUUCAGCGUCUAGCUCUCGCGUCGCAUGUACAACCUCCGCAUCGAUGACUGAAGGGAGUACGACUAUAGUCAGCCUGAACAAGGAAAUAACCUUCGAGCCUUGGUUGGUGUCCAGAAAACUUCGGUUAUUCCUUGCCGACCAAUUCGCCGCCCCCACCCUUCUAUGUCCUACGGAAGCUCUACUACGCGCACGUUGAAUGCCCAGAUUUGCAAAUGUAGCAGUAGUACUCUUGACUUGAUCCAUGGAUAUAGUUCAGCAUAGAGAAGUAUGUUGUAUAUAUAUGAGGAUUAUGUAAUUAGUAGGUGGGAGUUCACAGUACUAGUUAGUAGGUCGUCGGAGUAGCUGAGAUAUAGCACUUUGGUUUGGCUGAUAUUCAGCCACUACAGAUAUGUACAAUACAAAUGCUACACCCCUAAUUAUGAGGUAGUAUGUAGGAUCUCUCAACAUUAGCAUGUGUUCACUGCCACAUGUACAUAACUAUACAAAUUGUGUGUACAUCUAUUCAAAAGCUUAAUGGAAUUCUAUUCAUCCCUGGAAUGUCA